AUGACCCAGUGUGAUCAUGGAUGUCUUGCUACUGAUGAGGGGACCAUCUGUGUGUGUACAGAGGGGUCCAUACUACAGCCGGAUGGACAGUCCUGUAGAGGUAAUACUACACUACAUGUUUACCUAAAGCCACUGGAGAUGUGUUACAGAGUGGAGGUUUUAUCAGUGUUACAGAGUGGAGGUUUUAUCAGUGUUACAGAGUGGAGGUUUUAUCAGUGUUACAGAGUGGAGGUUUUAUCAGUGUUACAGAGUGGAGGUUUUAUCAGUGUUACAGAGUGGAGGUUUUAUCAGUGUUACAAGAGGGAGGUUUUAUUGCUCAGUGUUUCUGAGUGGAGGCUGUGUCACUGAAUCUCUCACCAUUUGUGUGUGUGCGUGCGCGUGCGUGUGUGUGUGUGUGGUUCACCCAGGCUGCUCCUCUUCAGACCGAGGGGGCUGUAGUCAGCAAUGUUCCCCCAUCACUCCUGGUAGGUGGGAGUGUGACUGUCUGCCCGGGUACAAGCUCCACCAAGACGGUAAACGCUGCACAGCCACUGGUGAGUCCUCACUGAUACACACUCACACACACACUCACAUACGCUGCCACGCAUACAAGUAUGGGGCGGCAGGUAGCUUAGUGGUUAAGAGCGUUGUGCCAGUAACCGAAAGGUCGCUGGUUCUAAUCCCCGAGCUGACUAGGUGAAAAAUCUGUCGAUGUGCCCUUGAGCAAGACACUUAACCCUAAUUGCUCCUGUAAAUUGCUCUGGAUAAGAGCGUCUGCUAAAUGACCAAUUUAAAAGUACAUGUACACACACACAGUAAAUAAACACACAUGCAAAAAGAGGUAUGUUUUCCCUCUUGUUUUCUAUUCAUCAUCACUUCAUAUCAUUAUGUUCCAGGACCACCACCUUAUCUGCUGUUUGCCAACAUAGUAAACAUCAGACGUGUUAAUCUGGAUGGGACUGGUGACCACAGCCUUGUGGAGGAACCGAGUGGAACAGUGAUAGCUCUGGACUAUGAUCCUGUACAAAACAAAGUAAGGAAAUGCUUUGGGUUUUCAAAGGUAGAAGUGGUCUACAUUGAAGUCAGUUAUACAACUUCAAAACGUAUUCUACUGUUCUGAAUUUACUAUGGAGCACUUUGGGUCAGCUGUAUUCAGAUCUGCUACCAUCUAUUGGUCAUUACUGGUUACUGCAUGACUCUCAAUGAUGAGGAAGUGAAACUGUUUGGUCCAUGUCAGGCAAUUAUGCUUACGAGGCAUAUUGAUAACAAAAAAUAAUAGAAGGUGUGUGUUUUCCUAGGUGUUCUUUGCCAAUACCGUACUGAAGCAGAUUGAGCGGGCUGAUUUGGACGGCGGGUCCCGUGAGGUUUUGCUCACUGAGGGGUUGGACUCACCAGAGGGCCUGGCUGUGGACUGGGUCAACCGCAAGCUCUACUGGACUGACCGAGGGUGGGUGGUGUACCCCAGGGUUCAGAGCUGGGGCCAAUGCUAUUGUCAGAACCUCAUUUAAAUUUAGAACACACACCUACAUUGACAUUGACAUUCACACUGAACUUUCUGAAGUUCAAACAAUGAAUUAUAUUAUGUGUGGUUUGUUUCUAUUCUAUUCAUUCUCCUCAAAUUAUAUCUACUAUUUUUUAAUGUAUUUUUUAGCUUAAGCCUUGGACAUUACUUUUGAAUUCUGUUUUUCAGCCUCUCAUCUAUUGACCGCAGCACCUUGGAUGGUUUCGACAGAGAGACCAUUAUUAGCAAAGGCAUACAGAAACCAAGGGGAAUUGCAGUUCAUCCUUUAGCCAAGUACGAUAUUUUAAAUAUAUUUAUUUAUCAGAAUUUCUGCUACACAUUGUCCUCUGCCUUUUAAUUGCAGAUGGGUGAGUUAUCAUUUCUGUUCUGUUUCUUGAGGAAGUUGUUCUGGACCGAUAUGGGUACCAGGCCUGUGUUGGAGAGUGCGUCUUUGGAAGGAAGUGACCGUGCGGUCAUCGCGAGCACUGACUUGGUGUCCCCUAGCGGUCUAACCAUUGACUUCACUGAAGACCAGCUGUACUGGUGUGACAGCAAGAGGGGCGUACUGGAGACGGCAUCCCUGGAUGGCUCCAACCGACGAGUCCUGACAGAGAACGAAGUAGGUGAGGCUUCUGUGGAACACACACACACAGUCAAAAGGUUAUAGCCUAUAUUAACUAAAUAUGAUACAUAUUCUUAUUGUAAUUCCAUUGUCUCUUCUGAUUGGUCCAGGUCGACCUUUUGACCUGGUAGUGUUUGAGGACAGGUUGUGGAUCACGGACUGGGAGCAGCAGCUGCUUCUGAGUGUUGACAAGCGGACAGGGAUGAACCCAGAGCGUCUCCAUGUCAACAUGGUCCAACCGGCAUCCAUAGUUGUGGUUCACCCCCUCGCCAAGCCAGGUAGCAAGAAAGAGUGAGAGAGAGAGACUCCAUAAUAUGAUUGUUAAAUACCUAUGUUUGCUUUAUCGCAGUCUUUUACCUAAUUUAUUUCAUUGUCAUCCUCAGGAGCAAAUAUGUGUCUCUAUCAAAAUGGGGGCUGUGCUCAGGUGUGUGAGAGCAGGCUAGGAUUCGCCCACUGCUCCUGUCACUCACACAUUGCCCAAUCAUCUGAUGGCAAAGGCUGCUUGCCAUCCUACGGAUCAACAGGUGAUAUGAGCCCCAGUUUACACAUUUCAUAAAGAUUCUGGUUGAGUUUGAUUUUGAAAGACGCAACUUUGGUCUGCUCAUGCUUUUUCCUACAGAUUCUGAAGAUGGCGAGUCUGCAGACUCGUUCUCUCUGAAAAACAAAACUUUGAACGAUGAGAGCUUGCUGCUCCCUGUGCCUGGUCUCUCUACUGACGGGGAGGAGGACAACAUGGACGAAGGGAGUGAGCCCACACUCUUCAUUGAGAAGAUGGUGUCAGGUAAAAGCCACACUGCUAUAACAACAAUACCGUAGAUUUCAUACGGGCACAAAAUGGCUGCCACUCUGAUUUUGUCCACAUAUGCAGUUUAUACAGUGAAACUGGUCUUUUGAAACGUUUUUGGCAACAUCCUUGCACUUCCAGACCAGGAUGACUGUUUCUCUCUCCGUUGUGAUGUGAAUGCACAAUGUCUACUGGAUGGAGGCAACCCCACCUGCCACUGCCUGGAAGGUUUCACUGGGGAUGGAGAGUUGUGUGUGGGUGAGUGCGUGUGUGCAUACGUGUGUACCUGUGAACCUUUUUUUUAUUUCCAAUUAAAUUCCUAUUUAGGAGAACUGGGUGGCAGGUAGCCUAGCGGUUAAGAGCAUUGGGCCAGUAACCCAAAGGUUGCUGGUUUGAAUCCUCGAGCCGACUAGAUGAAAAAUCUGAUGAUGUGCCCUUGAGCAAGGCACUUAACCCUAUUUGCUCUGGAUAAGAGGAUCUGCUAAAGGGAUUAAAAUGUCAUUCCUGAAAUCAGAUAGGGAAAAAGGUGUGUGUCAGGUUAUGUAUCUUGCUGUGUGAUGUUGUGUUUCUAGACCGUGAUGAGUGCAUGUUGGGGAUGGCCCUGUGUAGUAGCCAGAGCUCAGUGUGUGUCAACACUGCCGGUGGAUAUUACUGCCAAUGUCGCCCUGGCUUCAGUGGAGAGGGACACCACUGUACCGGUGAACAAUCACUCAUGAACUUUGAUGAUUUAACAUUCCAUUUUCGUAUAAUUUACAUGUUCACAAUCGUUUUCAUGUUGUUUUCUUUCCCAUUUAGAUAUUGACGAGUGUAAAAUGGGAACACACAAAUGUGAUGAGCGAGCGGAAUGCGUCAAUACUAUAGGGAAGUACCGCUGCAUGUGUCAAGCUGGCUACAGUGGGAAUGGACAGACAUGCCAAGGUGCAGCGCUAAAUACAGUAUCAUAAUAAACAUUACUACUGCAACAAUCUCUAUAAAGACAAUUAUGCUCAACUUCUGCUUAAAGUUUUUUACGACAUCACCAUAAUCCCCUUUGUCUCUCCUGUUUUUUCUUUGUGUGUCUCUCUCUCUCUCCACCCUCCUUCUCUCUGCGUGUUUGCAGAGUUGUCAACUAUGUCCUCGUGGGUGACCACCAGUAGGCCUAUGGACGUCACCAGCCAAUGGGUGAACACUAACACAGUGGAGAGCUGCCCCUCAUCUCAUGAAACUUACUGUCUCUACGAGGGAGUCUGCUUUUACUUCCCAGAGAUGGAGUCCUAUGCCUGCAAGCAAGUACCCCUAUCUACCUCCUUGUACAUGGGUCAACACCAUUAUUUACUGACUUGUCAACAACAUUAGGGGGGAAAAAAUACUGUUUUUAUUACUCUUAUCCAAUCCUUUCAGAUACAGUGGCUGGGAGUUGGGGGUUAAAAUUGUUUCUUUAUAGGGAUUUUCACUCUAGUAAGUCAGUUCAGACAACGGCAGUAGGUGGCACUAUUGUUCCAUAUAUACAGCCUUUCCUUAGCUAUGGUAACAAAGUGAGAUAAAGGAUUGUAUCUACAGUGGGAUAAAGGAUAUAGAAUAAACAGUAAGAUAUAGGAUUCUAAAGUUUGCCUCUGCAUCGGUCUGCAAAAUACACAGAAAUGUUCUCAAUAAGCAUUCAGUAGACUUGUCUCAUAAAUCAGCCAACACCUGUUUUGAGCUUGUUGUUUUUCAGAAGUUGUGGUGUCAUAUUGUAUGUGUGUGUUAUAUUAACAGUGAGUAUUGCAUGUGGUCUUCCCAGCUGUAUCGCGGGCUACAUGGGCGAGCGCUGUCAGUUCAGUGAUCUGGAGUGGUGGGAGUUGCAGCAGGCCGAACAGGAGAAGAGAAGGAACGUGGCCAUCGCCCUGGGCAUGGUGGUCCUCAUCACACUGCUCUCCAUCGCUGCCUGCAUCACCUACUGCUACGGGUGAGAGGAGAAAUUGGGGUGGCGGGGGAGGGGGAUUGUUGAUUGGGUGGGUCUUAUACCACAGUAACCCUCAGUGUAAUAAUAAAUAAUGUACUUAACCUGUAACAGGCUGCCCGAGUCCUUACCACGUUUGCUAGCUUUCUUUCUGUAUCUUCAUCAAAAACAGAUUUAGCUGUGGUACGCAAUACACAUAGUGUUACAGCCUGUACUUAUACAUUAAGUCCAAGAUAAUUACAUAAGCUAUUCCCUUUUGGAACCAUAGAAUAAAGGGUAUUAUAAGCUGGGUGGGUCGAGCCUUGAAUGCUGAUUGGCCGUGGUAUAUCAGACCGUAUACCACGGGUAUGACAAGACAUGUAUUUUUACUGCUCUACUUACUUUGGUAACCAAUUUAUAUUAGCAAUAAGGUACCUCGGGGGUUUGUGAUAUAUGGCCAAUAUACCACGGCUAAAGGCUGUGUCCAGGCACUCUGCGUUGCAUAGCGCCUAAGAACAGCCCUUAGCUGUGGUAUAUUGACCAUAUAUCACACCCCCUCGGGCCUUAUUGCUUAAUUAAAUACCCCAGGCAUAAAUAGGCUUUGUUCAAUUUUGCCUGUUCAAAAUUAAUGGUCCAAAUUGUUGUCAAUCUGGGUCCAUUUGCUGUAUGUUUACUGUACAUGUGAUGUAGGUGUGUGUGUGUGUUCGUGUAAACGUGCUGCGUAAAAUAUUGUAUUAUGCAGAGGCAUCGGGAGCAUAGGCCCCAACAGAUUAAAGACGUGGGCCCUCCAUGGGGCUAACACCACGACAAGUAUCCAAUCCCCUUUGUAGAAACAUAAAGAGGUGCCUAUCAAACGCAGGGUGGCAUGGCCCGUGUAAUAUAGGUGAAGGCACAACAGCAGGGGAGAAAAUACAAAUAAACUAAUCACAUAGAACGAAUGGCGGCAUGUGGCCCCGCUUUUGCUGAGGUGCCAUGAGCAUACAUAAACUCUAUAUUCCCAUUCUUUUGAUUCUACACACACACACACACACACACACACUCCCUUAUCUGAGUUAAGUGGCUGAUUCUCUUGACGGAUGUUUUGGUGGCUUAGAGAGACACAACGGUGUCUCUGCGGCUCUUUAGACUCACAAAUCAGGGCAUUUUUCUCUUCCAGGGUUUCUUCCUUUGGCUUCCUGCUGGAAGAGGCAUGCUUUCAAUUACAUGCUUGGUUUAGCUUGUUCUACAGCAAUUGCACAUCAAAAUAGGUCAUUUCUCUGCCCCAAGAUGGACCCACUGAGCUAUAUCCCGGUUCAAACGCUACACUGGUGACAAUAGGCAAUAGUUCUUUCCCAAAAUUGCCUUUCGCACUUGGCUGCAGGUGCAGAUGCACCCUUGUGCAGUUUAGUUUUUCUAGCUGAUGCACCCAACACACUUGCGGGGACAUACAAUGCACACAAUGCACACUCACACUCUCUCGCUCUCUCUCUCUCUCUCUCUCUCUCUCUCUCUCUCUCUGCUGAAAAUGUAGUUCACGUCCAAAUACAUACACACACACACAUAUUCUCCAGGUGAAAGGACAGGUCACAGAGAUCAAACAUACACCAUUGUAAUAAAGUAAUAAAGCCACUUACUCUAUUCGACUACAGUGGACUGUAAAAUUGAUGUUUCGCCAUCCUUUCCUUCAUGACUCAUGGCUCUUUGCAUGUGAUAUUAUCUAGAGGCUGUGGGGACAUGCUUUACUGUGGAACUGAAACGGUCUGUCAAAAUGAUACCACCAGUCAGGAUUCCAAGGUCACCAUUUACAUAGAUAUGAGCAUCCAUAUUUACUUGUCGGUAUUGACACAGCUUACGCUCUAUCAGUGUAUUUUAUAUCCAUGGUGACACUGGCAUUGGAGUUGUCAUGUAUUGAAGAGAACUGAACAUAACACAAUUCCCUCUAGAUCUGUGAUACCAUAUGGUUGCCAUUACAAUAUGAAGGGGUGUGUCUUCUAUCAUACAAUGCUUGCUAAUAACAGCUCAUGGUUGCUAACAACAGCCUGUAUAAAUGCAUGUACACUUUAAUAAUGCAUUAUUGAUAGAUGCAUCGCAUUUUACUGUAUUCUUUGUCUACCAGAAUGAUUCGACAUUUUACAUUUUUGUAAUUUAGCAGACACUCUUAUUCCGAGCGACUUACAGUAGUGAGUGCAUACAUUUUCAUACUGGUCACCCGUGGGAAUCGAACACACAACCCUGGUGUUGCAAGUGCCAUGCUCUACCAAGUGAGCCACAUGGGACUAUAUGUUGACAUAUGACAUAUGACACAAUGAUAUACCAUGUGAUUGCAGGUCCAGGAGAUCCGUUCGGAAACACCCCUCUGUGGAUGACAUGAGCGAGACAAGCACCAGUGAUGACACCAUGUCAGAGACCACCGUCCCCAAGAUGCCACGGGUAAGUCUGAACCCAGUUAAUGGUGACUACCAUACACAAACAAUGACCAAUCACAAAAGGCCUUGUGGGUCACAGGCAGACAGUUUAGAGAAUAUUGUUUGAGCGGUGUCCCAGAACUACUAGUAGGCUACUGUAUGUUACCUUACUGUAUUCCCCAACGGUUAUCCCUUCUGUUUUAGUUCUAUGUUGUUUUGGAACAUGGUGGCGAUGGAAAGGACAUUCACAUCAUGGGCUGUCCAAGAAGAGCUGUUUGUCCCUCUUGCUCCUCCGAAACAGGUGCCAUCACACAUGCUUGUUUUAAUGAAUCCCAAUCAAACAAAACAUGUUAUUUAUAGGUCAUUACUAUGUCAUUUCUGUAUAGUGAAAUAAAGCACAACCACAUUGACUGCUAUGGUAUUAUUGGGCCUUGGAUUGAGACGAGCUUUGCUUUGAUUGGACAGGUGAAAGCUUUGUGUCAGAGGAGGCAUUGACUCUUCCCAGACACAACAGAGGGUACGAGUGCUCCUUUGGAUUGGCUACCAUGGAGACCAACAAGACAAGCGCCAACCACCUCAAGUCCAUCGACAACCUCAUCUUCCUGGACGAACCUCAGCCUGUCUCCGCUGUCCCUCAGCUCACCUGA